AUGUCACAACGAACAGGCAAAGCAGAUGCCGAAAUGAUCGAACACACCGCCGUCGAGCAAGAACUCGAGAUGCAUAUACCCAAUCCCAAAGGCGGCGCGCCUUUGAUGCGUUCCAAGGCAGACGAGCUCAGCGUCUGGCAGAGUGUACGGGUAUACAAGCGGGUUGGGGUUAUAGCUAUGCUUGCUGCAUUUUCCGCAUCGCUGGAUGGUUACCAGAUAAACCUCAAUGGCGGCAUCGUUUCGAACAAGGGGUUUAUCAAGCAAAUGGCCAGCCCAGGGACAGUCAUCAUUGCAGGCAAAUAUGUAUCGGCAUGGGGUGGGAUUCAAUCUGCUGGCCAGUUCGUCGGUCAAGUUCUUCUCCAAUAUGUUACUGAGGGGUUUGGACGUAAACCUGCCCUUUUGAUCAUCUGGGCUGUCCUUGUACUGAGUAUCUUCACCGAAACAUUCUCCAGCCGUUGGGAUCACUGGCUCGUGGCAAAACUACUCUCCGGCAUGGGUGUAGGCAUGUUGCAAUCCACUAUGCCUCUCUACCUAUCUGAGAUUGCUCCAACUCAAUUGAAAGGAUUCUUUAUCAACGCAUACAGUCUUUGGUUUAUCCUGGGUCAAUUAUUUGCUUCUGUAGCCCUAUAUGAGCUUAAACUUUCAGACCCUUACAACUACAAGGUUCCUAUUUAUACCCAGUGGCCAAUGGUUGGUGUUAUUGGAAUUAUCUUCGCCUUUCUCCCCGAAUCACCUUGGUGGCUCGCAAGCAAAGGAAGACUUCGUGACGCAGAAAAAGCCCUUCGAUUUUGUAACGGUGGUGUUGAGGGUUACGAUUUCCAGGAACAGAUUGACGUUAUGACAGCUACCGUCAUGAUAGAGGAACAAACCGCAGAACUUAACAAAGAGGUUGGGCCAUUGGCGGUUUUUCAAGGCCGGAAUCUUAUCCGAUUCGUCAUCUCUGGAUGGCCAAAGAUCACCCAGCAAUUUGUUGGUUUGACUGUAUUCAACACCUUUGCCGUCUACUUUUUCCAAUAUGCGGGCAACAAGAAUCCUUUCCUCGUCACCGUCAUUCUCUCAAGUGUGCAACUUUUGUCAAUGAUCCUAACAGCCACACUCACCGAUCAAUUUGGUCGUCGUCCCCUCACCGUCUAUCCCUAUGGAGUAACGACCUUGUCUGUCCUAUGUCUGGGAAUCAUCGGCUGCUUUGACUAUAAAAAGAAAGCAACAGGCUCACUCCUAAUUUUCUUUGCCUGUUUAGCCACCUUUUCAACCACUGGCGCUUCGGCCAUCGGCUAUGCCUAUGCAGCUGAGAUUCCCACGCAACGCCUACGCGCGAAGACUGCAGCUUGGUCUCUCGCCAUGUCGAAUCUCGUAGGAAUUAUGUUCAGCUUCUGCACCCCGCUUAUGAUAAAUGGAACUAGCAAAUGGGGGGUCAAGACGGGUUUCUUCUUCGCGGGUACGGGCUUGGUUACUACAGUUAUUGCCUGGUUCAUCCUCCCAGAAGUAGCACGUCGGACACCGGCUGAAAUCGACGAAAUGGCUGACCAUGGCGGACGUGACAGGUUUGAGAAGAAGGUCAAUCUCCGCCAGUUUGACAAGUACGUCACGGAUGUUCAGGUGCACGCAGAUGAGCUGCACGGGCAUGCAGGAAUUGCUUGA